AUGGUGCCAUUAAUCCCACGUCUCUUCUCUCUCCUCUCCCCGCCCGGCGCAGUGACUCCCAAGGGGAAGCUCGCAAAGAAUCCCCCUCCCCUAUUGGACGCGACGUCGUCCGAGUCGAGGCUUCGGGCACCACCGAGAGCAGAGAAGGAGGAGGAGGAGGAGGAGGAGCGAGGCGACUGGUGGACCAAGUUCUACGCUGCCACCGGGGAGCUGGCAAAGAGCAGAGGCGACCUGCAGACAGGCCUGGGCCACCUGAAGGUCUAUAGCUGUGAGCUGGAGGCCGUGCCGGAGUUCCAGGGCCUGCAGGAUUUCUGCCAGACCUUCAAGCUGUACCGGGGCCGGGUGCGGGAGGAGGCCAGCGAAGACCCCCUGGUGGUUGGGGAAUUCAAGGGAUCCUUCCAGAUCUACCCCCUGCCGGAGGACCCCAGCUCCCCAGCACCGCCACGCCAAUUCCAGCAGCUGCCCGAGAGCCAUCCCCAGAAGUGUCUGGUCCGGGUUUACAUCGUCCGGGCCUUUAACCUCCCGCCCAAGGACAGGAACGGCCUGUGCGACCCCUACGUCAGGGUCACCCUGGGCACGAAGAAGCUGGGGGACAGAGACCAGUAUUUGCCCAACACUCUGGAGCCCGUCUUCGGCAGUGCCGGCCCCUCUCAGUGGCGAGACCAGCUCCUUCCCCUCCUCCCCCCACAGCUACUGGAGACCUUUGCUAGGACCAAGGGCCUGGCUCCGCCCGAGUUCAGCGCAGACGGAGGCAAAGUCUCCUUCCUGGGCCGGGCCUUCCUGCUGGCCGAGUUUGAGGGCAAGGCGCCUGUGCACCGUCACCUGGGCCCCCCGAGAGAGCGCCUGGCCCUGCACCUGCUCCGCACCUGCGGGCUGGUCCCCGAGCACCUGGAGACCCGGACACUGUACCACAGCAUCCAGCCCGGCAUCGACCAGGUAGGGCCCCGCAGAGCGCCCCAAAGCCACCGCAACGGGGGCAGCCUUCCUGGGACAGGCCCGGAGCCAGCUCUGCUCCAUGGGGCAGGGGCUGUGUCCCUGGUGGGCCGCUCAGCGCGGAGCCCGGGCUCAGGAUCCCAGGGGCACAGCCGACAGG